GGCGUGAACAUCCGGAAAGGGAACAAGCUACGUAACCAAUUUAACCCUUAAAGGCGUGCGCUGUGCUAACGUGUUCCUAUGGCUGACCGGGUAUUUGCAUUUAUGGAAAAACACGUGUAUUAAAAAUGGCUACCGCCACCGAGAAUGCCACAACCCAAAGUCAAGUUGGUUGUGACCGGGGAUGAUUUUGGAUAUUGCCAAAGGAGGAAUCAGGGAAUCGUGGACUGUUUCCAAGCCGGGGCGAUUUCCAAUGUGUCCCUACUGGUCAACGCGUGUUCGGCCAAAGACGCCGCUGACCUGGCAAAGCGGCAUGCCAUGCCGAUCGGCCUUCACGCGAACCUUUCAGAAGGUCUCCCGGUCUGCCCGAAUCUCAGGAGCGGCUCGACCCUGCUGAACGACGAUGGGGUUUUCCACGGAAAGAUGGGGUUCCGCAAGCAGCUGCAGAACGGCCAACUCAGCAUGGCAGAGGUGGAGCGGGAGCUGCAUGCGCAGGUGAAGUUAUUCUGCGAGUUGACUGGCCACUUCCCUCUCCACAUGGACGGCCACCAGCACGUGCACGUCCUGCCGGAGGUGCGAGACGUGUUUGCGCAGGUCCUGUUGGACUACGCCGUCCCGUACACACGGGUGCCAGUGGAGCCGGGCCUGCAGGCGUGUCCCUGGCUGCCCCCCGCUCUGCGGGACUUCUACACGCAGGUGGAGAAGGACGCCCGCGAGGCGGUGGGGGUGUUCGGCAGGCACGGCAUCAGGUGGCCUGACGUGUACCUGGGCUUGACGACCAUGGGAGACAGCAUGUCCGUCACCAGCAUCAAGAGGGCCAUCGAGCACGCUAUGGAGGCCAUGCCCCCGGGCGAUGCCAUGGUAACCAGGGGUGGUGAGGCGCAGGCGGUCGGGCGGCCCAUUACCGUGGAGCUGAUGGUGCACCCGGGGUACCCCAGUGACCCCCAGCAGGGGGGCUGCGGACAGGGGCCCGACGACUUCUCUCAGUCGCUGGAUCGUCGGCACGAGCUGGAGACCCUGAUGGACCCCCGCCUGCAGGACUUCUACAAGCAGGAGAGAAUCCAGCUGUGUGCCUUCAGGGACCUUUAAACCCCCCCAUUCCCCAGCCCCACACCCCCCCCGGACUGCGGAGGGGGCACCAAAUGACCUCCCCCCCCCGUCCUGCACAAACGGUAACCCUUCAGAGCACAGCUUCUCGAGCUGCUUUUCUAAGCCAUUUUUAUGUACCAGGUCAACGCCCAUAAAGAACAUUUGAAGUUGGAAGUGGCAAGGGUGUUGCGCCAAACAGGAAGCACGUUUUAUUGGUGGCUCGUUCAAAACCACCAGUGUUAUCAAACUGAAGGCACCAGGAAAUAGUAAUGUAAAAUGUUUUAAUGCAAUGCAAAGUUAAUGUACUAAAAUAUUAUUGUAGAUUGUAUAUCUAUUUUCUUAAUAUAUUUAUAAAAUAUUAAACUAGGACUUCUAAUUAUUUUAACGGGCACUGCCAAAAUAACUCUUUUUUUUAAAUAAGCAUCAAUACAGCCAUUUUUUAUAAGGGAAUGUAUGAAUUAUGGGAGGUAAAAUGGACGAUUCUCCAUUUCCACAAAUGGGAUCAUAUGAAGUCCUGUAGGAUCUUUGCACUUUGAACUGUGCUGGUUGAUUGUUUUACACCGUGUCUUAAUACCUGUGAUAAAAUGCCCAUAAAAUUGAACCUGCCCUGGUUUAUAUUCAGAGUGGAUGGAAGCAAUAACAGGUCCCUCUGUUGUGUAGCUAUUCUGAAUGAAUAAAGCUAUUUUCUGCCCGA